AUGGCAACGACAGCUAUGGACUACGAAGACGCCAACGGCGACCGCUAUGAAGACGAAGCUCCUCGUUACGAGCGCGACAAUCGCAGCGCGUCACCGCGGCCGUCUCGCGACGACAAUGAUGGGUCACGUCGCCGCUCGGCCUCCCCUGGGGGCAACGGUGACAGUCGCAAGCCCUCGUCUGGGCCCAGGGAUGAAGACGACGAUGGUGCAGUCAACCCCGGCUCAAACUUGUUCGUAACCGGCAUUCACCCUCGUCUCAAUGAGUCCGAGAUCUCCAAGAUGUUCGAAAAGUAUGGCGACGUCGAAAAAUGCCAGAUCAUGCGUGAUCCCCACACCAAGGAAUCUCGCGGCUUCGGCUUUGUCAAGAUGGUUACACCCGAGCAGGCUGAAGCUGCUAGGGAAGGGCUCCAAGGUGAACAGAUUGAUGGCCGAACUCUUAGCAUCGAAAAGGCCCGUCGCGCGAAGCCUCGCACGCCUACGCCUGGAAAGUACUUCGGCCCCCCUAAGCGAGAUGGACCGCGUCCUCGCUUCGAUGACCGUCGCCGUGGUGGAGGUGGUGGCCAUGGCCGCGAUGACCCUUACCGCUAUCGAGGAUACGAGCGUCGUUAUGACGACCGCAGCUAUGAUCGUGGCUACGAUCGUGGUUACCGAGACGACCGCCGCUAUGACGACCGAGGCGGUUACGGCCGUGACUAUGACCGCCGCGACCGUGGUGAAGGCAGCUACGGUGGCGGCCGUGAGCGCUACGGAGGCGGCCGUGAAGACCGUGAUCGUUAUGGCGGAGACCGCGGCAGUGCACCUGGUGGAAGCUAUGCUGAACGCGACCGCUACGACCGCGGCUCCGAGCGAGCUCGCGAUCCUCCAGCCGGUGGCGCAAGCUAUAGCGAUGCCCCCGCACCUCGCGUCGAGCCGCGUGACUCCUACGGAGCCUCUGGCUAUUAA